AUGAAUGUUGAAAAUAAUCGAGAGGAUUGGUUACUUUGGCAAAUUUCAGAUUCUGCUUUACCUACUGGUGGCUUUGUCGCAUCUUCAGGUUUAGAAAGUGCUAUACAAACUGGUUAUGUUCAUGAUAUUCCCAGUUUAUCGAUAUUUUUAUCCUCCAGCAUAGAUAAUUAUGCAUUUUCAUCCCUACCAUUUGUAACUGGUUCAUGGAACAUCGGGAACACUAAUAAUGAGGAGGAGAAGGAGGAUAAAGAUGUAAUAUUGAGGAAAAUUAUGGAAUUGGAUGACUUGUAUGAUUCCUGUACAAGCAAUCAUGUUGCAAAGCGUGCGUCAAAAGCUCAAGGUGUUGCAAUAAAAGAAUUGGCAUGCGGACAUUUGCCGGUGUGUUUUGGAUUGGUUACUAGAUAUCUCGGAAUAAGCCUUGGUGAUUAUUUAUAUCACUUUAUUUGGUAA